GUCCAACCUCGUUCCAUCUUUCUCCCAAUAAUCCACUUCUUUAAUCCGAUAUCCAUCAUGAAGCAAGCAUACGCCCUAGUCGGAAUCCUGGCCAGUCUCUGCCAUCCCGCCCACGGUCUUGUCUUUCGCGACAACAUCAAGCAAACUGUCAACGGCAAAUCUCUUUCGCUUUUGCCUGCCACUGAAAGUGCAGACUCGGUGAAACUUGGCACUCCAGUCAAUUCCGCAUCAAGUGGCUGGGAGUUCAACACCGAGGGCUUCGCCGAUGAUGUGGCCAUCAUCACCUCUCUCGCCUCCUCGGGGUCCCUCCAGUGUGAGCUGGGCAACAAAUGCAAAUUGAACCUUGGAGAACAAGAAGGGCAGCCGUUCAUUGUCUCUAGGAUUGAUGAGGAAUCGCCUCUUUUUAUUUUCCAGCACUCUGUAACGAGGCAUUAUGUAUCCCGCGCGUUUGAUAUGUCCUUGGAGUUGGAUUAUCACUUCUCGGACUCUGCGGUGUUUGAAUUGGAAAAGAUCGAGGAUACACACUCGGAAAUCUAGAUAAGGAGAGAAUAGGAUUCUGAUGGCUGAAAGGGGGGAAAGAUGAGGAAUGUGCAAGAAACCAGGCUUAGAUCAUUAUUAUAGUACUAAGGACAAUAAGACGAUACUGUCCAAGUAAUCAGUCUGGCCUCAAUGCUAGUAGAAAACACAAACUCUUAAUUGCAAUUUAUUACCCCAGGGCAUUCUAUAUUCUGAACGCGAUAUACCAGUCAGGCCUGUUACCAUGGGCCUAAUUCCGCAUUAUAGUCCUCCAGCAACUGCACUAUACUGGGC